CGAGAGACCCGUCAAAGCUAGCACCAUCUCCAGUAACUUAAACCAUAAUAUCGUGUAAGAGGGAGCACAGAAGAGCCAAUCGGCUUGUUCUUGACAAUCAUCCAUGGAGGCGGCACUGGAUAGCGGUGCAAAGGUAAAGCACAUCAUCCUCGUCCACGGCGUGUGCCACGGAGGCUGGAGCUGGUACAAGGUUGCGGCGGGGCUACGGUCUGCGGCUGCGGCGGCUGGGCACGCCUACCGCGUCCACGCGCCGGACCUAGCCGCGUCGGGCAUCGAUGACCGCCGGCUGCCAGAGGUAGCAACGUUCAGCGAGUACACGGGGCCGCUGCUCGAUGCACUCCGGUCGCUCCCGGCCGGGGAGAAGGCGGUGCUCGUUGGGCACAGCCUCGGGGGCCUUAGCGUCGCCCUCGCCGCCGAGAUGUUCCCGGACAAGGUCGCAGUCGCCGCGUUCCUAUCCGCUUACAUGCCGGACUGCGUGUCCCCGCCGUCGCAUGUCCUCAUGCAGCAUGGUGAGGGCAACUGGGUAUCCCUGUUGGACAACGGGAUGAAACCCCAAGAUGCAGAUGGAAGACUCCCGGCUUCCUUCAUGUUCGGGCCGCAAUUUAUACAACAAAAGCUCUAUCAGUUGUGCUCAUCAGAGGACAUCACCCUUGCGAAAUCUCUCAUACGAGUCGGCUCAUUGUUCCUGGAAGACCUGCAAGCCCGUCAGCCAUUCACCGAGGAACGCUACGGCUCGGUCCGCAAGGUCUAUGUAGUAUGCAAGCAAGAUGUAACCAUACCAGAGGCAUACCAAAUGUUGAUGGUGGCCAAAAACCCGGUGGACGAGGUCAGAGAGAUCGACGGUGCAGAUCAUAUGGCGAUGCUCUCGGCACCUGAACAGGUUGUCAAGUGUAUCCUCGACAUUGCUGAGAAAUAUAAGUAAUUUUAUGGUGUCGAUGGAUGUAUGCACAUGUCCCGGACGAAAACAUGAAAAUCUGUUGUAAUAAUCAAACAUACUUUGGUGCCAUCGUCGACUAUUAUUGUGUGGGAUCCAGUUA